AAUACCAAAGGUAUUAACCACCUGCUGUCUGGCAACACCGUCGAGUACAAGUGCAUGCCAACAACAAUGCGUGUGUUUGUUUUUCGUUUUUGUUUAAAAAUCCAUAAAAACGGAAAGAUUGUGUCGCAGCCACAACAAAAAGAGUGCACGUGAGCGCCAGUAAACAACCACGGAAGGCAGGUGCCGGAAGCAAUGAAUAAAACACCAAAAUCGCAUUUAGUAAAAAAGUGAAUCAGAAUUUUUCCAGCACACAUACACACACUCCAGCACGAAACCAGUUGUGUUGUUGUAAAUAAGUGCAAGUGAAGCAGAAGCUGAUUCGGAAAAUCUAGCAAAAGAAAGGGAAGCAGAGCAGAGAAAAGUGGAAAAGUGCAUCAACAGCCCCCUGAUAGUCGAAACGCUUGGCUGGGUGCGCGACAGCAGAACGCCAGUCGAGCGUCAACGCUUUGGCAGCCGAAAUCAUUAGCCCAGCCAGUCAGAGUAUAGACCCCUGUUCUGCCCCUCAACCACUGCCGUGGACGCCAAUUCCGUGUGAGCGGCACAAGAAAGCAAUUUUCUGGUAGCGGCGGCAAUCAAGAAAUAGCAAUAAUCGUUCUGCGAGAGACAGCGACGGACAAUUAGCCGAAAUGGAGCUGAAAGUUUGGGUUGAGGGCAUCCAGCGGAUUGUGUGUGGAGUCACAGUUAACACGACGUGCCAGGAUGUGGUGUUCGCCUUGGCACAUGCCACGGGCAAGGUGGGACGCUUCACGUUGAUCGAGCGAUGGCGCAACAACGAACGCCACUUGGCACCCAACGAGAAUCCCAUGAAGCUGCUCCUCAAAUGGGGCGAGUAUGCAAACGAUGUUCAGUUCAUAUUGCAGAGAUCGGAGAACAAAACACAGCAGCAAACGGCGCAGCAACAACAGCAGCAAAACAACAAUAACAAUAAUAAUAACAACUAUGCUGUGAACACAACGAAAAAACCGCUGGGGCCAAAUAACAGCAAGCCAGCGCCCACAUUGCAAAAGCAAAAAUCGAACGUCGAGCUCAGCUACCGUUCAAAGGAAUUGAAAAAGAGUUUUGGGGGCUACGACGCAAAACAGUUCGACAAUAUCGGAAUAGUGAGAGGCAUUCCCCAACAGCAGCCUGCACCACCGACCUCAAAGCCUCCUGCCAGCUCUUCGCCAGUGGUUCCUACAGAUCAGUCGCCGACGCAAGAAAACAACAACCUUGCGCCUCUUGUGCCAAAGCAUGAGAAGUCAUUAUCCAAUCCCCUGGAUAUGACCAGCACGGGCAGCACUCCACCGACCGCCGCCACCGGCUACAAUGAUUUCUAUAACAAUAACAACGGAAACCAGCAUAUCUACAGCCAGUUGAGCAAAUCAAGCAACGAACUCCGACGUUCCAGCCCCAAUGAGAUGUACUACAAUAACAACGCGAAUGUCAACCUUAACAAUAAUAACAACAACUCGCCUGAGAUGUACAAGCAGACACCAACGAUUUCGGCCAAUGGAGCUCUGGUGCCGCCGCCAUAUCGUGAUCCACCGCCACCUAGGAAUAGUCCCAUGUGCCAGGGCCAACGCAUGGCCAUCAGUAAUGCCGACACCAUGUCGAACGCCUCCUCUUCGACGAAUCCGUUUAUAAGCGACUAUGAUCAGCACAGCUCUCAAAUCAAUAUGAAUAAUAACAAUGGCAGUCAGGCCAUGGACGAGGGAGAGAACAUGUUUCAGGCUACGCAGUACAACGAUUUGAUGCAGUUGAUAAAGUUUCAGCGGGAGAAGAUAACAUCGCAGCAGAUGGAAUUGCAAAAAUUCGAUUCGGAAAUAGUCUUUUUGGAAAGCAAAGAACGCGACCAUGCCCAUGAGUUGGAAGUAAUAUCUCGAGAAAUCACCAAGGCAGAUCAGAUCUUUCGGCAGGGCAGCGAACAGCUUCAGACCCUCCAGUACGUCGAGGAGGAAAACGAAUUGGUGAAGCAACAGGAAAAGACCCUCAAGUCUGAAAUCGCUCUGCUUCGCUCCAAGUUGGCUAACUGUGAGACGGAACUGCUGCAAUGCAAGAAUAAAAUGCGACUGCUGAUGGAUGAUAUAGAGAUGGAGCAGCAGCAGCAACAGCAAAGCAACAGACAAACAGUGGAGCGAGACUUUCUGAUGGAAAUGGAACGGAUACAAAGCGAGAUCGACCAGGCUCUGCACAAUACCGAUUCUUCGAACAAAACCGCUGAUAGUUUGAAGAAGGAACUGCUGAUGAUCGAGCACGCCAUUGCCGAGAAGAAGAGGCAGGUGGAACAGUUGGUUAACGAGAUGAAGGAAGUGAAUCUGCAGAGCCUAACAGUGACCACCACGGAGGAGAUCAAACACUUGUUGGAAGGGCCCAACAAGCAAGGCAGCAGUCGUCGAAUCAUCGGUUCGCCCAGGCAGCUUGAGACGGCAGUUCCCACCAGUAAAAAUCCACAUGGAGUUUGGGUCUAAAGGAGCUUUAGAAAACAAACAUAUUUUGCUAAUCGUAUUCCUUCGUAACAACAAUUUUUGGGAACAAAAUUUAUGAACAUAUCGUUAAUGCAUAAUGGAGUUGGCACAAAACGGAUUCCAUAUGAAUAUCACAAUUUUAUACAGUCUUCACAAAUUUACAAUAAUCUAUGUGCUCGAGAAUUGUUCUAGUAAACCUAAUUUCCAACCACACUAUGGAUCUCUCAAAGCAAUGAUAAAAGAUAGAAGUUUUGACACACAUUUUUAAAUGCACGAUAACGAAUUCUACACCGUUUUUAUUUUUUACUUUAAUGUAGUUAAAGAUUCUAAAAACAUUCCACUUGUUUUUUAUUUUGUGUGCUAUACUCUUAUUUAACUUUUGUUGCUAGUCUACAUGUAAACAAAAACAGUUUCCAAACCCCACAUUUCGCCAUUAGUUGUUACUUAAGAGGAACUAUAAUUGUUGCAAUAAUUCGAAAAUAACGAAACUUGAACCGCCUUUUUAACGUUUAAGUAGUGCACUUAGUGAUUUGUCUCCCACGAAUAAUUCAUUAUAGAAUUCUCAAUUCGAAUUACACACAAAAUCGUAUAGUACUUAGCAAUUAGCGCAGCUUUAGCAAACAAUUUAGCAAUGCUUUGUUGAAAAUCUUCACUUCUAAAGUGCUUAGCCUUAGCCACCGAAUAACGAAACAUAAACCACAAUGCAUUAAUAUACAAUAAAUAUUUUUUAGAAUUAAACUCGUAUAACAAAAUACAAAGAAUA